UGGAGUGGUGGAGUGGUAUUUCCCAGGAGAAAGUCUGAUCGCGAGAAGACGACGAUGAGGUGAGGGCACGAGAGACGACGCCCGAGUCUGAACAGCGACCUCCAGCACGUGGGCACGUGCUACUGCUGCCGCGAUGGUCAUUGGCUGACGGAGGGGGGGAGGGGUGGGCUCUGUCCGUUCCUCUCUUGUGCACGAUGAUGAGAUGAGAGAUGAGGGAGAGAGAUCAAAUAAAAUAAAAAAAGUCGAGUGUCGCAGAACAGCAGCGUUUCUGAACGUCGCAUAUGCAUCCAACCCCGGUUGCGGCCCGUUUUUCCAACCAGUCGCUCCCGCCUCGUCUUCGCUCUGAUCGCAACAGAUCGACCCGGCGAGUGGGACAGAAGGGAAAAUCCAGCGAGAUCCGCACCGAUAUCAGAAUGGAAGGGGAGUUACAAACCAAAAACAAGAAAAAUCAAAAGAUGGGGUUUACCGCCGCAGCCAGAGCAUGGAGGAUUUUCCGUUGGACCAUUCUCGGCUCGUCGCCGGACAACGUGUUGGUGCUAAAUCCAGUCCCGCCUGGUAGUGUGAGGUUUCGUUAUCGCCAGCUCCUGCGAAUGAUGGCACGCGACACCGAGGCGUGCGUGGUUUUUCGAGAGGGAAAUCAUUCACUCUGCUCUCUCUCUCCCUCGCUCUCUACAUUAUGUCUCUCUUUCUGCCUCUACGUCCGGCGUCUGCCAUGUACAUACGACGUGCAGUACGUCGUUGCGGUGCUACUGCUGCACGAUGCCGCCGCCCGCUUUCCUGGUCAGUGUCGUCGCUUGAUGCUCUCGGAUUGGGACGCGCGUGCCCUUUGUGAGCGGAUGCAUGAUGCGUGCGAUGAAGCAUCUAAUUUCGAGUGACUGUCGUGGGCGACACAGCCAGAGUACACGGGCAAGUCGUGGCUUGAUUCUCUUCCAAUGCAAGCAGUUUCGCGCGCAAUGGAGAGAGAGAGACUUCGAGAUCGAAUAUCGAGUAGGGAAACCGACGAGGGGAAUUGAUUGAUAUGAGAGAGAGAGAGAUUAUGGUACUGCGUGGUGUCGUGUGUGUGUGUGUGUGU